AUGUCCUGCUCACGCGCGAUCUUUGCGCGCGCGCAGCUUAACAUCCGAAAUCUUCUGGAAGGUAUGCCAUCGCCAUUCUCCGUCGGCUUCGGAAAACGUCGCCUGCUACCGUCGCCCAAUGCCGCGAAAACAGGAUGGGGAACCAGAAAUUCAGACAGUGCCACGAAGGCUUCGCUUGAGCAGGCGGCCGGCCACUGCGAUGACCGACGCCUUCAUUUCAUUUGCGCGUUUCUCUGUGUCAAUUGGGCAGGGGUCAUCGCGGCGCUGCGAUCUGGGCGAUCAGAUCGGUCAGGUCAUACCCCUCGCGUGCGUAGAAUAGACGCCAACCAACCUUUCUGCAUUUGCCCAGCUUGCGGCGAUCACGCCCUGUGUCCGGAUGAAUGCGUCUUCUCCGCCGAAAAAAUGCGACAGGCAGAUCAUGCUGAGCGCCCCGAAUUCGAUGGCGGUCCGCAGCGACGGAAUGGCGAUGUCGAGAUGCUGGCGCCCUAG